AUGAGGAAAUUGGCAUUGUUCUUGAUUAUUUUGAAUUUAUUAACAGCCUUGGCAGUGCCUCCUCACUUCAAUGACGAAGAUAUCAUUCUUGCACCUCUGUUCUCUUCUGCUGAUGCAGAAGUAAUUCCUGACCAAUAUAUUGUGGCGUUCAAGGAUGAUGUGACCGCGGAUAGAAUAUCUUAUCAUCACGAUUGUGUCAGUAAUAUGAUGUCUGAAGAGAGAAAGAAAGUUAAACGAGGAUUUAUGGCCGAAUUGAUAUCUGGGAUUAAACACACGUACGACUCUGACGUCUUUAAAGGGUACUCUGGUAGAUUCUCGGAAGAAAUGUUGAAUAAGAUUAGGCAAAGUGACGAGGUUGCUUAUGUCGAGAAAGAUUCUAAAGUCUAUUCGGAAGUAGUCCAAUAUAACGCACCUUGGGGCUUAGCCCGCAUAUCCCAUCGAGAUCCGUUAGGUUUCAUCACAUUUAGCAGAUACUUAUACGAUGCAACAGCUGGCUCGGAUGUCACUGUCUACGUGGUCGACACCGGAAUCAACAUCGACCAUGUCGAGUUCGGCUCUCGUGCUCGAUGGGGUGUCACUGUUCCAGAUGAUGACGAAGAUGUCGACAAUAACGGACACGGAACCCACGUUGCCGGUACUGCUGUUGGAACUCGAUUCGGUGUUGCUAAAAAGGCUAACGUCGUUGCUGUCAAAGUUUUGAAUUCGGAUGGGAGUGGUACAACGAGUGAUGUGAUCAAGGGAGUGGAAUAUGUUGUGAGAUCUCACCUGGACGAAAUGCGCCGUGCAAGGCAAGAUGGAAGACCGUUUAAGGGAUCAGUUGCAAAUUUAAGUUUGGGAGGGUCCAAAAGUAGAACUUUGGAUACGGCCAUCAACGCUGCUGUCACUCUUGGAGUUCAUUUUGUCGUAGCCGCGGGUAAUAGUGACAGUGACGCUUGUAAUGAGUCGCCCGCUGCGGCUGAGAAAGCAAUCACUGUUGGGGCUUCAACGUUUGACGAUGUGCGCGCAUCCUUUUCCAAUUAUGGCCCGUGUGUCGAUAUUUUUGCUCCGGGCAAAGACAUCUUGUCAGCUUGGAUAGGUUCCUAUACUUCCGCGAGGAUACUUUCCGGUACUUCCAUGGCAGCUCCCCAUAUUACAGGUCUCGUGGCUUACUUCCUCGGCUUGGAUGCUGAGUCUACUUCAGACUUUGCUGUUACUCGACUGACUUCCAAGAAGAUGCGUGACAUGAUUGUUUCUCUCGCUACGCGCGACAUUCUGGAUGACGUCCCAGCGGACACUCCCAACCUCUUGGCGUUUAAUAAUUUUGAUCCUACCUCUUAA